GUGCUGCCUGCUCUCCUGCUGCCUUACUACUGCCUCGCUGCUCGGAUCGCGGCUGGAAUCGACGGGCCAAGAUCAUACCCUAGACGCCUAGACUUUGUCCUCCCCCACUCGCACCCACCCACCUACCAACACAUCAACGGUAAAUCGGCACAGCGGCCAAAGCUUGGCUCACCCGACGGUUCGCGACUCGCACCUCUAUAAACCCGGCGCUACAUCCAGUGUUGUUGCUCUUCGCAGCAUCUAGACACACACCAUGACAUCGCGGUCAAAGUCGGCAGGGGGCACUGGCCCCUCCACCCCGCGCACGCCGCCCAUGACCAUCGUCAUCAAGCUGGGUACCUCGUCUAUUGUUGAGCCCUCACCGCCAUUCCUCCCCCGCCUCCCCCUCCUCUCGUCCAUCGUCGAAACCGUCGUCACCCUCAAGAAGCAGGGCCACCGCGUCGUACUCGUGUCCUCGGGCGCCAUUGGCGUCGGCCUCCGCACCAUGCGUUUGAAGGAGAGAGGCAAGGGCCUCAGCCAGAAGCAAGCACUCGCUGCCAUCGGACAGGGCCGGCUCAUCGCACUGUGGGACAACCUGUUCGCGCAUCUCGACCAGCCCAUUGCCCAGAUCCUUCUUACGCGCAUGGACAUUGGUGACCGAACAAGGUACAUCAACGCGCAGAACACGUUCAAGGAGCUGCUGGAGAUGGGCGUCGUGCCCAUCGUCAACGAGAACGACACAGUUUCCGUCUCGGAAAUCAAGUUUGGUGACAACGACACGCUCUCUGCCAUCGCAGGAAACGUCGUGCACGCCGACUACCUGUUCCUCCUCACCGACGUUGACGCGCUGUACACGGACAACCCGCGGUCAAAUCCCGACGCAAAGGCCGUGCGGGUCGUGCGCGACAUUGCCGAGGUGCGCAAGCAGGUGUCGACAGCGACGUUCGGCACGUCGCUCGGCACUGGAGGCAUGUCCACCAAGAUCAUCGCUGCCGAGCUCGCAACCGCGGCUGGCGUCACCACCGUGGUUAUGAAUGCGACCAAGGUGUCCGACAUCUUCGGCAUCAUCGAGGGCGGCCCCGGCCCCUCACGCGAGGCAGGAGAUGUGGCACACUUGGAAAAGGGUCCAUUGUGCACGCGUUUCCUGCGUCACCAGACGGCGCUCAAGGACCGCAAGUGGUGGAUCGCACACGGCCUGCACGCGGCCGGCACAGUCGUCAUCGACGAGGGCGCGUACCGUGCCAUUGGUCGCCGCGAGUCGGGCGGCCGUCUCCUCCCUGCGGGCGUGGUGCGCGUCGAGGGUCCCUUCGCAUCGCACCAGGCCGUGCGCAUCGUCGUGCGCAGGCGAAAGAGGUUCCCGCCGGCGCCGCUUCUCACAAAUCCCAUCUCCGAGUCGCCGACCCCAGCACGGUUGGAAGACUCGGCGCCCAACAGCGCCGACCCUGACCUGCUCUCGCCCGUGCCAAGCGGAUUGCGCAAGACGCACCCCCUGGCCGCGAGCACGUCGGCGGUCGACCGCUCGCCCGAGUCGGCCGCCUCGCAGCCCGACACUCCCAGCAUCCAGCCCGCGCUGUCCCUCUCCUCGAGCGUCGCGUCGCUCGACCCUCUGAGCCGCACCGGCCCCUCGUCGCCUGCGAUGAAGGCCAUCUCGGAGCGCCUCGCCCACGUGAGCUUUGGAACCAUUGGCGCCGCUGCGGCGGACGAGACUGCCCAGGCCCCGGCUCCCGUGGACGAGUGGGAGGAGAUCGAGGUCGGCAAGGGCCUCGCUCAGUACAACUCGGUCGAGAUUGACCGCAUCAAGGGCAUGAAGAGCUCCCAUAUCGAGCAGGUGCUGGGCUACUCCGAGUCCGAGCACGCCGUCGACUCGAUCGCCCUGUUGUAG